AUGAGGCUGGAGGCCGCAGCCAGGAUGGAUUUGUUCAGGAAGCUUUGGAAGGCGAGGAAGCUGAUCCUGGUGGUGCUCAUCCCGCUGUCCCUGCUUCCGCUGCCGCUCAUCCACCCCACCAGUGAGGCAUGCUGUGCCUACGUGCUGAUGGUGACGGCGGUCUACUGGGUGUCCGAGGCCGUCCCGCUCGGCGCCGCCGCCCUGGUUCCUGCCUUCCUCUACCCGCUGUUCGGGGUGCUGAAGUCCAGCGAGGUGGCAGCAGAGUACUGUAAAGACACCACGCUGCUGCUGAUGGGUGUGAUCUGCCUGGCCGCCUCCAUAGAGAAGUGGAACCUGCACAAACGCAUCGCUCUGCGCAUGGUGAUGAUCGCAGGGGCCAAGCCCGGCAUGCUGGUGCUGGGCUUCAUGUGCUGCACGGUCUUUCUGUCCAUGUGGCUCAGCAACACGUCCACCACGGCCAUGGUGAUGCCCAUCGCCGAGGCCGUGCUGCAGCAGCUGAUCUGCACCGGCCUGGCCGACGCCCAGGAGCACUCCGACACGGCCGACGGGCCCGAGGACGACAGCGCUGUUUCAGACAAAGAGGAAGAGCUGGACAAAAACCAGUUAGAGCUGUUCUAUCGCAGUGACAACAGCGGCACAAAGCAGGAGCUGAACACUGAGGUUCAGACUGUGGAGGCGAACGGUUUGGUUCUGAAGCCGAGCUCCAGCCAGGAGUUCAUGAAACACACCAACGGACACCUGCCGCAGGUGGCGAUCGACAUCCCCAACGUGAAGCGGGUGAAGGCGCGGAGGGACUCGCAGUAUCCCACCAAGAGGGAUCACAUGAUCUGCAAGUGCCUGUCGCUCAGCAUCACCUACGCGGCCACCAUCGGGGGACUCAUCACCAUCACGGGAACGUCCACCAACCUCAUCUUCGCCGAGCAGUUUAACACUCGCUAUCCGGAUGCGAAGGUGAUAAACUUCGGCACCUGGUUCAUCUUCAGCUUCCCCAUCGCCAUCAUCAUGCUGUUCCUCACCUGGCUGUGGCUGCACUUCCUCUUCCUCGGCUGCAACUUCAGGGAAACGUGCUCGCUGAGUAAGAAACGCAAAACCAGGAGGGAGAUGCUGUCCGAGAGGAGGAUCCACGAGGAGUACGCCAAGCUGGGGCCCAUCAGCUACCCAGAGGUGGUGACGGGGGUUUUCUUCGUCCUGAUGACUCUGCUGUGGUUCACCAGAGAGCCCGGCUUCGUGCCCGGCUGGACGUCGCUCUUUGAGAAGAAAGGCUACAGGACCGAUGCGACGGUCUCCGUCCUGCUGGGCUUCCUGCUCUUCCUCAUCCCUGCCAGACGACCCUUCUCCUCCUCGUCCUCCUCCAGCUGCAGGAACAGAGAUGAUGAUGACCCUCUGGCUCCCAUGAUCACCUGGAAGGACUUCCAGAGGCUGAUGCCGUGGGAAAUCGUCAUCCUGGUCGGUGGAGGCUACGCUCUGGCUGCCGGGUGCAAGGUGUCAGGCCUGUCGGUGUGGAUCGGCCGGCAGCUGGAGCCGAUGAGCGGCCUCCCUCCCUGGGCCGUCACGCUGCUCGCCUGCCUGCUGGUGUCGGCCGUCACCGAGUUCGCCUCCAACCCGGCGACUCUCACCGUCUUCCUGCCCAUCCUGUCUGCACUGUCAGAGACUCUCCAUAUCAACCCCCUCCACACUCUGAUUCCCUCCACCAUGUGCGUGUCGUUUGGGGUCAUGCUUCCAGUGGGGAACCCCCCCAACGCCAUCGUCUUCAGUUACGGACACGUGCAGAUCAGCGACAUGGUGAAAGCGGGUUUCGGGGUGAACCUGAUUGGUGUGGCGGUGGUGAUGUUGGCCAUCACCACGUGGGGCGUUCCGCUCUUCAACCUCACCGAGUUCCCCGCCUGGGCUCUGGCCAGGAACGUCACCGGAAGCUUAUAACCACAGAAGAGGCCAGAGGCUCGAGGAUGAGGGUGAAAAUCAUUAGAUAGAUAGAGGGACAGAGAGAGAGAGAGAGAGAGAGAGAGAGAGAGAGUUGGAGGCUUGUGCGGAAAGACAAUAAAAAAAUGACAAGUGGCAUUUCAAGAGGGACACUAUAUUCAGAAAUAAGCCCUUAAAUAGACCAAUUACCUGUAGACUGGACCUGAUGGAGGAAGAGGAGAGAGAGGGAGAGGGAGAGCGAUUACA